AUGAGCCGAAAGGAUCGUGAGUUGGAUAUCCAUGUGCUUGAGUCCACUGCCUAUCAACGACUAAAGGAGCGAGGGCUGUGUGGACGUGGAGUCAUCCCUCAUUUCUUUGGAAUGACGGAGAAGUUCGACCCGCAAUCAUGUCAACCUUACCUGAAAAUGUUCCUUCAUGAUAAAUACCUUCCCAGCGCUAUUUUUCUGGAGUACAUACCGAAUCUUGAGAUGAUCCAUCUGCACAACUACUCACAAAAACGAAUGGCCAACUUUAUCAAAGGCCUACGGGAGAUUCAUGAGGCAGGAGUACAGCACAGAGAUCCAAAGCCUAGGAACAUGAUGAUUGUCAAAGAUGAUUCAGAAAGAGCUGUUUGGAUAGAUUUUGAUCGAGCAGAGACCCACAACAUUCCAGUUCUGGACGAGGAGGAGGGGAUAGUUCUUGGCUUCCGGGACUGUUUGCAAGCCGAUUGUGCAACAGGGAAACUUGAUGAAGCAUAUCUUUUCUACUGCACUUGA